AGGAGAGAUCAUGGCACUGCCAUGAUGGCUCGUUCAAGUACGUGGAGUGCAUGUACAAGGAGCAAGUUAAAGGAUCCUACGCGUAGAUUCGCUGGUCUUUUAAGCGCUGGUCUUGGUGGCCAAAUAUAUCUUGAGACGACCACAACAAGAUCAAGACACCAAGUAUAUCUGCGUUAUUCUUAGGGCUUAGUUGAGAUAUCAGUGCAAUCAAGAAAGAGCGCAGAUACAGCACACGGGGGUCUUCAUAACAACGCGAGCGCAGAAUGACGAGUGAUGUCGGUUCGAGUAUUCAUCAGUUCUGGUCAUGGUCCAUGAUCCUGCUCUCGUACUUGAUCUCCACAACUGGGAGCUACUGCAGUGAGUGACGCUAUUGCUAUAAUACUUUAGUUGUGACAAACAAGCACCCACAAUGGAUUAUUGUUGACAUUGCAGCAAUUCAGCUCAUGGAGAACUGGCGUCGUGUCGACGGUGUCGUGCACAAGCGGGUUAUGCUGUCGCUCUCUGCCCUUGCACUGGGUGGGUGCGGUAUUUGGUGCACGCACUUCACGGGCAUGACAGCACUCAAGCUGGAAUUUGAGGAUGGAACAUCUCUCGAAAUGGACUUCGAGUUGGGUCUUACGAUCCUGUCUUUCAUCUUCGCGGUGCUGGGUGUGCUCAUCGGACUAAAAAUUGCGUCCAUGGAUCCAUACUUCCUUGAAAUGGAAGCUGCCCGACGCAAAGAGAUGCUGGCUGCAAACUUAAAAAACAUGAAAAUGUCUGCGGUUGUGAAUAGAAAUGCUGUCACCCGCCGAAUCAAAAUUAUCGCUCUUUUCUCGCGAUUAUCGCUCAUUAUGCUUGGGGGAGCAUUUGCAGCGCUCGGGGUUCUGGGAAUGCACUACUUGGGUAUGAUGGCGCAGCGUACGAACGCCACUAUGGAGCUGAACGCGGGAAUUGUAACACUAUCGGUCUUCAUCGCCUUCUUCACUGCCAACGCUGCUUUUUGGAUCCUUUUCCGAGCUUUGACAUUUAUGCCAGAUAGCGAACUUCUACGACUAGGUAGUGCAUUGAUAAUGGGCGUCGCAGUCUGUGCAACGCACUAUUGUGGUAUGGGAGCCGCAUCAUACAAGCUCAGCGCUGAAAAUUUCUCGGGCUCCACGCGGUUUAUCAUUAAUCGAUCCGAAGCUGCGAUCGUUGCAUCUCAUGGGGCACUCCUGACAUGCUACUGGCUAGCGAGCUUCAGCGUAGUGCGCAGCGUGCGUAUUGCUGAGAUGUCCGCAACUGCAACGACAAUCCGAGAAGGUGUAUCUCGACACGAUAAAUCAAAGAGUAGAAAAAACAGCAACCAAAGAAUUCACGUGGGUUAGUGAUAUAUUAGACUAGCUAAACCGCUAAGUUAGUGAGUGCAACUCGAAUCUUCAACAAAACUAUAAAUAUCUGCUAAAAAAAAAAUGUUCGCUUCUGGAG